CUCUAAUCAUGAAUUGAAGACCCAAAUUCAAGAGCUCCGCCAUGGCCUGAGCGUGCUGUGCCGUGCCUGUCCCGCGCGUGCAUGGCUCGGUCCCGCUCCCGCAGCAGGCACCGUGGCCGCGGCCGUGACGACGGCCGCCGCCCCCGCGGACGCCGGGAGGUCCGUGAGCCGCGGGAGCCGCGGGAGCCGCGGGAGCCGCGCGCGUCUCCUCGCGAGAAGGAGGAGCCCAAGGAGGCAGGCAAGACAGCAAAAGACAAGGCCAAGGAGGCCAUGCUGAAAGAGCGGGAGAAGGCGCGCUUGAAGAAGCUUGAGCGCGAAGCCGCCCUGAAGGAGAAGGAGCAGCACAAGAAGGACGUCCGGGACCAGAAGCGAGAAGAGGCGUCCAUCGCCAUCACCGAGUCCGUGGAGAAGAGCGCCAAGCAAGCCAAGGAGGGCAAAGGCACUCCCCUCCGCAUCUCCGCGCAGUCAGAGGCAGAGCAGCGGGCAGAGGUGGCGAGGGCUGCCCGCAGCAUCUCCAAGCGCUUGGAGGCCAAAAGCGAGGCAGACGAAGAGAGCGUCAAGAAGCUCUUCGACUUGCUGGAUCGCAGCGGCAAGGGUGAGGUGUCACAGCGAGAUGUGCUGAUGGCCCUGAAGAAGCACCACCCGAUUCGGCAGCUUUUCGGUCUAGCUGGCUCCAACGGCGAGGCCUCGGCGCUCCAGCAGCGCUUGAACAACAUCCAGGAGGCCUUUGAGGCCGGCUCAGGUCUGGGUGAGGUUUCGCCGAUCUUCGCAUCUCUGAAGGAGGCGAGCAACUCCUCCUCCGCCUUCGCCUGGCCGGCCUUCCUGGCGGCCUGCCGCGAGCAGCUGCAGCCCAACGUGCUGGUUGCGGUGAACAGCUUGCCGCGGGAACACAGUCAGGGCAAGGCCUUCGUUGCGACCAAGCAGUGGACUGUGGUGCCCGCAGGCGCUGCUUGUCCAGUUGGCCUGGAGUAUCGAAUGGACAUGGAGACGGGUCAGACCCUAGCGCGGCUACCUCACAAGAAGGACUAGGCUGAGGCCUAGCCUAGGCAGGACGCAAGGGGCUGUUGCGUGGUUCGCCCAGUUCUGCGCUCACGAGGGCCGGAUACUGGUCGGGACUUGGAGCCCAUCGCUUGCGGCUCGCUCUGGAAGCGGCACGCGAAAUGGCAUGGAGCCGCUGUAUUCUAAGAGCUCGCAGUGGAUUGUGAUCGGUGGAAGUGGCAA